GCAAGACCUAUAGUCUGUCAUUCACAAGGCUGGCUGACCAACGUGGUGUGUGAACGUAUGACGAGUAGCUUCUGACUAACCAGAGACUGAGGAGACAUCCAUAUAGCCGGCAAUUGCCUCACGUGCGGCUGAUAAAACUUUCCAAACAUUCGAAUUUACUCCCUUGGACUUAACUAGCAAUAAUACAGAUGGCAAAGUUUCAAACUUCGUUUGUUCUAUUUAUUAUCUGUUUUGUAUUAAAUGGAAUCAUGGAUCACGGGUCCAUGGUUUUGGGCUGCGCUCCAUGCAACACAGGCUGGAUAGAGUUUGGGAAUCGCUGCCAUCUCAUCGUCAACAAGCAGAAAUCUUUCCAGGAUGCCGAGGCGUACUGCCAGGGCCUGUCCCGCCCUGGAAGGCCGGCUCAUCUCAUGUCGAUCAACAGCAAGAAGGAGAACGACUUCCUCGAAGAAUACGCCAAGACCAUAACUGGUCUAGGGACCAAGCUCUGGAUCGGCUUCAAACAAAGCGCCAGUCCAAAAUGGUUGGAUGGAAGCCGGGACAGCUACCGCAACUGGGCUCCGGGUCAACCAAACAGUGGCUCAUCCGUUCCUUGCGUCAGAGUGGCUAAUCCUGGUGGUGGAUGGGCGGAUACUGUAUGCAACAAUGAAUAUCCGUUCAUCUGUGAGAUGCCGUACAGAUUUACCACAAAGUGACCACACACAAUAACAAGUUGCUUAUACACGACGCUCAUGGCGAAGAAAAACCAGUUUGUAACAAUAAUCAAGCUAAUCAAGGCAAGUGGUUUAUAUAAUGGUAAGGCGUGAAUGCGCUUAUCCCACUGACGAGAUGUGAAGUCCAUUCCAACUUCAACUUGGAGGGCACUUUCAUCCACUUGUCAUUCGAAUUGUUCAGAUCGUUGUACCCCGAAUGAACAAUGAAUGGCGCUUCUUGGAGUCAUGCAUCACCAGCCUGAUCGCUUGGCCAUGGUGAGACUUUCUUUUAUAAUGGAAUUACAGCACUAAACUUAAUGUUCACUAUUGUCUUGAUAGACACCUUUAUCAUCAUAUUUUCAUCAUCUUACCACCUAUUAUAGCCUCAGUGCACAUCCUGAGAGCAACUCGUGCCAUGAGACGUUUCAAGUUGUCAGACAUGGCAUCAUCAGGAAAAUUCCUUGUAUUUUCUCGUAAGCACAUUUGUGCUUACUUUUUAGAUCAGUUGUAAAUAUCUAAUUUUUGUUAAAAACAACCAUUCACUUGAAAUUACUCAUUACAAAAUAACUAUUUUUAAAACACAGUUUUGUUCUGUAAAAAAAAUAUACGUAUAACGGCGCGAGAUCUGCUGCAAUCAUUAUAAUAGAUCGAUUGCAUUCAGUGGCCAUCUUGGAGGUGUGUUUUGUUUGGUUAAUUCAUUGACAAAGAAAACACCAGAGGUCUGCUCAUGCAUGUCCCUGUUGAACAAAAACACACACCUCAAGAUUGCUACAGUGCAAAACAAAUUUCGAGCGAAUCAUGCGCUGUAAACCACUCAAUUUUUGGGAUUAACAUAAACGAAACGCGUGUCCCGAAUAUAUGUUAUUUAU